AAACCCGUUGAAAACGCCCAAAAACCAGCAGAAAAUUUUCCCAAGUUCGUAGCCAGGAGAAGCGCAAAUGGAACAGUCCGGCGUCAAGAAAUCGAACAAGAUCACAGAGAUCGUGCGGAUGCAGCAGAUGCUCAAGAAGUGGCGCAAGCUCUCCGUCGCCCCCAAGGACCCCAACUCGGCCACCGCCGGCGCCAACGGCAAUGCCGGCGGCGGCGGCGAGAGCAAGGCCAAGAAGUUUCUGAAGCGGACCCUGUCCUUCACGGACGGCCCCCCCUCAGGCUCGCCGCCGAAGGGCCACCUGGCGGUGUGCGUGGGCCCCGCAAUGCAGAGGUUCGUGAUCCCGACGGAGUACCUGAAGCACCGCGCGUUCGCGGCGCUGCUGCGGGAGGCGGAGGAGGAGUUCGGGUUCCAGCAGGAGGGCGUGCUCCGCAUCCCCUGCGAAGUCCCCGUCUUCGAGACCAUCCUCAAGGCCGUCGAGAAGAAUAAGGAUGCCGCACUCUGCUACUGCAGCGUCGAGUACGCCGCCGACGAGGUCGGCAACGGCACGCCCCACAACCCGCUCUGCAGAUAGGCGGGGCUCAAGAACACCGCCGCUUCUUGGCUGUGCCAAAACAAAAA